AUGCGUGAAAUCGUACAUCUCCAAGCCGGACAGUGUGGAAACCAGAUUGGUGCUAAGUUUUGGGAAGUUAUCUCAGAUGAACAUGGAAUUGAUCCAACCGGCACAUAUCAUGGGGACUCAGACUUACAAUUAGAACGCAUCAAUGUCUACUACAAUGAAGCUUCAGGUGGAAAAUAUGUUCCUCGUGCUGUCCUUGUUGACCUUGAGCCAGGAACCAUGGACAGUGUCCGGUCCGGACCUUUUGGUCAGAUAUUCCGUCCUGAUAACUUUGUGUUUGGACAGUCAGGGGCUGGUAACAACUGGGCCAAAGGUCACUACACUGAAGGCGCGGAAUUGGUAGACUCCGUGAUGGAUGUCGUCAGAAAGGAGGCAGAGAACUGUGACUGCUUACAGGGAUUCCAACUGACACAUUCUCUGGGAGGUGGCACUGGGUCAGGAAUGGGCACUCUGUUGAUCAGCAAGAUGAGGGAGGAGUUCCCAGACAGGAUCAUGAACACAUUCUCAGUGGUACCUUCUCCAAAGGUAUCAGACACUGUAGUAGAGCCAUACAAUGCUACUCUGUCUGUACACCAGCUGGUUGAGAACACCGAUGAGACUUUCUGCAUUGACAAUGAGGCCCUGUAUGACAUCUGCUUCCGAACCCUGAAGUUGACCACUCCCACCUAUGGUGACCUUAAUCAUCUGGUCAGUGCCACCAUGUCUGGCGUGACAACCUGCCUCAGGUUUCCUGGCCAGCUCAAUGCUGAUCUCAGAAAGCUAGCUGUAAACAUGGUUCCAUUCCCUCGUCUGCACUUCUUUAUGCCAGGGUUUGCUCCGCUGACCUCAAGAGGUUCUCAGCAGUACCGGGCUUUGAGUGUGCCGGAGCUCACGCAGCAGAUGUUUGAUGCCAAGAACAUGAUGGCCGCCUGCGACCCGCGCCAUGGCCGCUAUCUCACUGUAGCUGCAAUCUUCCGUGGCCGCAUGUCCAUGAAGGAAGUGGAUGAGCAGAUGUUGAAUGUCCAGAAUAAGAACUCCUCCUACUUCGUCGAGUGGAUCCCCAACAAUGUGAAGACGGCCGUCUGUGACAUUCCUCCCCGAGGUCUCAAGAUGUCUGCCACCUUCAUCGGAAACAGCACAGCCAUUCAGGAGCUCUUCAAGCGCAUCUCUGAGCAGUUCACGGCCAUGUUCCGCAGGAAGGCUUUCCUCCAUUGGUACACUGGUGAGGGUAUGGACGAGAUGGAGUUCACUGAGGCAGAGUCCAACAUGAACGAUUUGGUCUCUGAAUAUCAGCAGUAUCAGGACGCUACAGCAGAAGAUGAGGGAGAGUUGGACGAGGAAGAGGGAGGUGAAGGAGAGGGCCAUGAUUAUGCAUAA